GUGUCACCUGCCCCGACGGCUUGUUGAUCCCCGAGCGCCGCCUCGGAGGUCGGAGCGCAGACCCAGGACGCGGCCCGGCGCAGCAUGAGCAAGUUGGGCAAGUUCUUUAAACGGGGCUCUUCCCGGAGCCGCGCGGCGCCCAGCCCGCAGGAGGCCCUGGCGCGGCUGCGGGAGACGGAGGAGAUGCUGGGCAAGAAGCAGGAGUACCUGGAGAGCCGCAUCCACCGGGAGCUCAGCCUGGCGCGCAGGCACGGCACGCGCAACAAGCCAGCUGCGUUGCAGGCACUAAAGAGAAAGAAGAGGUUGGAGAAGCAGCUCUCGCAGAUCGAUGGCACCCUGUCCACCGUCGAGUUCCAGCGAGAGGCCCUGGAGAACGCGCACACCAACACUGAGGUGCUGAGGAGCAUGGGACUGGCGGCCAAGGCCAUGAGAGCGGCCCAUGAGAACAUGGAUUUGAACAAAAUAGAUGAUUUGAUGCAAGAAAUCACAGAGCAGCAGGACGUCGCCCAAGAAAUCUCCGAGGCGUUUUCUCAGCGCACUGGGUUCGGCGAGGACUUCGAUGAGGAUGAGCUGAUGGCGGAGCUGGAAGAACUGGAGCAGGAAGAAUUAAAUAAGAAGAUGACAAACAUCCGGCUUCCGAAUGUGCCUUCCUCCUCCCUCCCGGCGCAGCCGGACAGCGCGCCCGGCUCCUUGGGCCCGGCCGUGAGGCCCCGAGCAGCACCUUCCCGGCGGGCAGGCGGAGAGGACGAGGACCUCAAGCACCUGGCAGCGUGGGCCUCCUAACUGGGAGGGAGCUGUUUUGACGCCUAAAUCAACGAGCUGUACAUAAGACAUAAAACAUAUUUUUGCCAAGUUCAGAAGUGAGCAGAGGCCGUUUUAUAUUUAUGGAUGAUGACUGUCUGUCAGCCUCACGCGUAAAAGUAACAGAAGGGAGUGGGGUCAGAGGGGGCUGCCCAGGGCACCGAGGAAGACCUUGCACGAAGGGGGCCCCUGCCUACUCCCCACUGAACCCCAGGCCUGACACACGCCAGUGCUCGCUCUGUAUCUGUGGACAGGAAACGGAAGUCUGUUCUCAUAUCAAACACAGAACCGUUUAAAAGCCCCUGAGGAGCGAGGCGGCUGGCGGAGCUGGGGAAGUGACUUCUGUGCGCCCACAUCGUGGGCUGUGGCGCCACAGAAGGUGCAAAGGCGCCGUGGAGAGGCUGCACGUGGGGACGACCUGGCGAGCCUACCACACAGAGUUUCACUGGAGUUCCCCUGUUUGAAAUCUUAAAGGAUCCUUAAUUGACAUUUAUUCCGCCAGUGAAGCUGGGGAGGGGCCACGGAUGCAGCUCCCGAAUGUCUAAAAGCGGAGUAGCUCCCGCUGCCCGCUGGCUCCCCCGCUGUGACGCAGGCACCCAGGCAGCUGCUGACUCCCCGCAGCGAUCCGCGGAGCGUGCAAGUGUUCACGCUCGUCUGCCUGUGCUCUGCACAUUAGCUUACACUGCAGCCUUUUCCUGUAAAUACAUUAAAAAUAUAGGCAUUUUAAAGUGUCUCUUGAAUGACAUUUUGGCCUUUGUUAUUAUUAUUAUUAUUACUAGAGGCCUAGUGCACGAAAUUUGUGCACUGGGUGGGGGGAGUCCCUCAGCCUGGCCUUCACCCUCUCGCAGUCGGGACCCCCCCGGGGAUGUCUGCCUGCUGGCGUAGGCCAGCAAUCAGACAUCACUCUCACAGUCUGGGGCCCCCUGCUCCUUACCGCCCAUCUGCUUGCUGCUCCUUACUGCUCAGGUCACUGCUCCUUAGCGCUGCUGCGGAGGCGGGGGAAGCUCCCACCACUGCCGCUGAGCUCACCAGCUGUGAGCCUGGCUUCUGGCUGAGCAGCGCUCCCCCUGUGGGAGUGCACUGACCACCAGGGGCAGCUUCUGCGCCAAGUGUCUGCCCCCUGGUGGUCAGUGUGCAUUAUAGCGACCAAUCUUUCUGGUCGUUCCACAUAACGGUCGCUAGGCUUUUAUUAUAUAGAUUUUUAAUCCUCACCCAAGGAUAUUUUUUCAUUGAUUUUUAGAGAGACUGGAAGAGAGAGGGAAAGACAGAGAAAUAUUGAUGUGAGAGAAACACAUUGAUUGGUUGCUUCCUGCCCAAGCCCCGACCAGGUCCCAGGCUGGGGAAGAGCCCGCUACCUCUGUACGUGCCCUUGACUGGAAUCGAACCUGGGACCCUUCGGUCUGCAAGCUGACACUCUAUUCACUGAACCAAACCGGCCAGGGCUGGUCGUAAUUAUUUUUAAAUAAAAACAUGUUGCAAAAUUAUGUAUUGCUCAGACUAUGUCACGGACCAUAAAAUGACAAUGUCAUUAUAUAGGGUGUUCCCAGCAUUUGCUUAGCAGCACAGUGAAAUGGAGAGAGCUGGGCGUGGAGGUGGGGUCCUGAUUCCAGCGCCUGCCCUGCCCCUCGCACCUUCGAGGACCCGGGCCUCUGUCUUCAUUGGGAAACCUAAGGGCUGCACGCGAUGAUCCCUAAGGUGCAGUCCUGCCACAGGCCCCCUGCAUACGCAGUUCUUCUUAGCAGUCUUCUCACUCGACAGCACAGGUACCCAACCUGACGUGAAACGUCCAUUAUCUGGGGGCAUUUUUCUUGAUGGCACAGACUAGAUCAGGUCUCCCUGUAGCAGUGUCCACGGCACUUUGCUUUCUUGCCUAUCGCCUGGCAGGGUUCCCAUUGCAUCUUUACUUGAACUAUUACGCAGUUAUCGCUCUUCCUCCCCGAGGUCUGGUGACGAUGAGGCCGAGCUGCCGCUCUCAGCUGAAUGGGGCCUCCCCAGCCGAGCUCCUCGCACGCAGGCAGCAUCCGGUAAGCAUUUAGCGAAGGAGCAGAGAGCAGGUUCUUACACUCUGGGCGAUCACAGGAACUUGAGUGACCUUCUACCUUCAAAACUGGACAAAGCACAGGAAACAGCAGUUUCCAGACAUUGGACGACAGGCAUCGCGAGACUGAUUCCUGAGAGAGAAACUGGUGAGGGGUCCUCAGUGCCGCAGGUGCCUUAAAGGGAGGGGAGCCCGAGAGCUUGGUGGUCUGAGGGAGGGAGGAAAGGAGGAAGAGAGAGAGAGAGAGAGAGAGAGAGAGAGAGAGAGCACUCUGGCGACCAGAUGGGCAGAGGGUCCCUGCGAGUGGGGCUGGGCACUGACCUGCGUCCAUGUAGUAAGAAAUGACUGAGGCGCACAGGAACCACUGCGAGAAGUGGCAGGUCCCUCCCAGGGCUCACACAGUCUGGGGACAGUUUGUGUUCCCACAGCCUCGCUGGAGAGACCCCCUAAUCCGGGAGCAUCAGGCUGAGCCCUCAGAAGGGCGUGGCUCACUAGUGAGGUCCAAUUGUGCCCAGACCAAAGGCUGCUCUGGGCCCACCCUGAACAACUAAAAGCAAACGUCAGAAGAAUGAAAUGAUUCCAAGUCCUUUACGAUCCCAGGACAAACCCCCCGAGACAUAAAGGAAUAUAUAAAAGCUGACAAGUAACAAGAACAAAACAACUAAAAUAAAACCCUGGCACCCAAAUCUUUGAGUUUCAGAGACAGAAUAAAAAGAGCAUGGACUAUCUCAUUAACACUCCCAUAAUGCUUCACGUUGAAAUAUUAUUUUAGAUGUAUUGGGUUACAUAAACUAUUCAAAUUUAUCUCAGCUGUUUCUUUUGCCCUUUUAGACUGUGGCUAUUUGGAAAUGAAGCAUUGCAUGUAUGGCUCACAUUAUAUUUCUGUUGGUUAGCCUUGGGCAAGAAGAUAGAUUCCUCAUUAUCGACGAGUGCACAGAUAAUUUGAAGUACUAAAAUGACAAAUUGUUAAAAAUAAAGAAAAUUUUUCAAAAGGUGACAUCUUAUUUUGAAAAGAAAAAUGCUUUGAAAUAAAAUCAUAAUAUUGCAUUUCUGUUGGCAGUAAAGAGAGUGAAACACAAGAGAGAAAAGGUGUAAAAGUAAGUCAUCCUUAGAUGGAAGAGUAUGAAAAAUAACACAGGUGUUAAUCUGACACCUAAAGGCGUUCCAGCAAGGCAGCCUUCGCACGGAAGGGCUCUUGUACGUCCUGGGAGGCUUGCUGCUGAUUGGUCUCCGUGCAUCACAUGGUACCUCAGGGCAAUGCUGAGUAGCUGCUCUGUUGUGUUUUGUAUUUUUAAAUAAAUGUCUUCCAAUAUA